UCAAAAUGAAAAUGAAAAUGAAAAUGAAAAUGAAGCCAACCAACUUGUUGCACUCGGACGAGACACAUGGUUCGUUUUUCGUUAUCCAACUCCUAAACCCCAAUCCAUCUAAUCCAACACUUGUUUCAGCGAUUGCGCCUUUGAUAGAUUGAGUAUAAUGUGGUAAAAAGUCUGUUUCCUCCCAUCUUUCAACUCAUCCAACAUGUUGGGUGCUAGCUGCUCUCUCACUUUAUCCGCUCACUCUCAUGUUCUCUUCUUUGAUGAAUAGUGAGUGAUAGGACACCUUCUCAUUCCUAAUAACUGCCAACCAAGCACUUCCUUCUUUCUCAAGCACCCUACACUCUUCUCGUCGUCUCCCAUCUCAUCUCCGGUUCUCCUUCCUUCCCCCAUAUUCCCAUCUUCCCCGCUCGAUUCCAUCCUCCUCUUAUCCAUUCCUUUCUGUUAGCUCCUCCUACUUGUACAUAGCUAGCUCUUAAGCUCAGACAGAGAAUCUAUUCGAGGUGAAACGUUCCGCGUCCAGUUCCUGAGCUCCAUCAAGCAAAGGCCUCAUACUGUAGUAAUACUCCCCCCCCCCCUCCCCCAUUUCUACCACGUAAGGUAGAAGGUUUGGUGCAGUUCAUAGAUUUCCUCUACCUCUCAACAAAUAUCUCUUCUUCCCCGUCCUAGCAGACCAGAAAAAUGCUUCCGAUCCGUGACCCCGAGUACAUCUUUGACCAGUCUUUGAACGAGCAACUUGAGUUCAACCCUCCUCAUCUUCUUCUUCCCAACAGCUCCUGCUUCCCCUCCUCCACUCCGACAAUCUUUUGUCCCGAUGCCUUUCGUGAUCUCUUCUUAGCCUCCUCCAAUAUCGGCAUCGCGAAUGCGGCUCCAACAUCUACUCGGCCAAGCCUUCCUCUCGGUGAUUCAGCCACAUCGGUGGAGAGGCAGGAAGGCGACGACAGUUGUAGCCGUAAAAGGUCUCUGAGGAAAUGCAGGCACAGCAAGAUAGUUACCGCAAAUGGGCCGAGGGAUCGAAGGAUGAGGCUCUCCAUCGAUGUGGCACGGAGCUUUUUCCGACUACAGGACACGCUCGGCUUCGACAAGGCCAGCAAGACAGUGCAAUGGCUGCUCACCGUGUCCAAAGCUGCCAUCGAAGAGCUCGGCACCCUUUCCUCAGCCGAACAUAGCGGUUGCAGCAACCGAAGCCCGAAAAGUGAAUCAUCCGCUUUGGUAUGCCAGGAUUCGUCCGCUAUUUCUAGUUCCAAGAACAAGUCCUCCACCGUGACCGCUGCAGCCAGGGAAGUAAAGAAGAGCAAAGCCAGAAAAGGAGGUGUUAAGCCGACGAGGAAGGUGGAGUACCACUCAGCGCUUGCGAGGGAGUCGAGGGCCAAGGCAAGGGCGAGAGCAAAAGAGAGGACGAGGGAGAAGCAAAGGAUGACUUCCUUGGAUAUCAUCAAGGAAGAAACAAGCUUGAACAAUAUGAACUCAUUGAUGGAGUUUGCAAAUAUAGAGGAAGACGAAUCUUGCGCACCGAACUGGUGCUUGAACGUAGCCAGCGACACAGCGGCAGCCUAUGAAGUCCCAAUGAUAGGUGGACCAGUGCUGAUUCCGGUCUUUGAGAAUAGCCAGUAUACCACGGCAAUCAAUCACGCAGGUGGCAUCUUCGAAGAACAGUGGGACGUGGACGCACUUUCCUUGUACUCGACAUCGCUGGUGGCCUCGGACAGCUAUCCGAAUCUGUAAUAACGCAAACCCCUUAAUUAUCAUUGUAGUUCUGUUUCGUCUUCUUUGCUAGUUUGAUCUGUGUGGUGUUCCUUUUUUCGUUAA